CCAGAGAUAAAAGAAAAUGUGCAUAUUCCCACCAGACCGCAGUCUGCCACCUACUGGCAGCCGGUUCUUUCCAGCAGAGCUUAGUUUGGAGGGGGAAGAUUUAAAGUGAUGCACAGGCACUCCUACGGCUGUAACGAAAACAGGGUACAUUGUCCCACUUAACUGAAUCUAAAUUGACAAUAAAUCCAAAUAAAUUUGCUUUUUGCACUUAAAGAAUGAAGUUAUUUAUUAUUUUUUAUUUACUUUUCUUACUGCCGUGGAAGCAGAGUGAAUGGGGGACCAUUAACUGACGGACCAGACAGCUGCUUUACUAUCUGGCGCCAGUAUGUGAUUCAUACUCGACUUGCAGUCCAUUCAACAUGAACACCGCUGAAAAAUUAUUAAACAUAACACAAAGGGGAAAUAAGAAGAAGCUUGUACUUAUAAAAUGGCUUCAAAAACUGAAAUUACUCUCAAAAAAGAAGAGAUGCUCUCUGUGUGAAAGAAAAAUGAAAAUGAGAAAAGGUGGCAACACAAGAGAUGGAUAUCGCUGGGUGUGUCGAAGACAUAAUAGAUUCAUGUCCAAAUCCAUAAGAGAUGGGUCUAUUUUCUCAGGCUCUCGCUCCUCCUUGACUUCUUGGAUGAUGUUCAUGCAUAGGUUUGCACAAGGGCUAAGACUGAGGCAAGUGGACUUAAUUGAAGAGGGAGUCUGUGGAAGCAGCCGCACUUUGUCCAAGAUGUCCAAGACACUAAGGAGGGUGUGUGUGCAAGCAGUUAAGCACCUGAAGAGGAGGGGGAAAAUGAGAAUAGGUGGAAGACAUGGUUUUGUUGUCAUUGAUGAGAGCAAGUUUUGUCACAAGAGAAAGUAUGCACGCGGGCGAUUUGGUGCUACUUGGCGCAGGAGUGGCUGGGUUUUUGGAUUGUUGGAAGUCAAUCAACGGAGAAGGAGGCCUGUGUUGAAAUUUGUUCGCAGACGAAAUUCUGAAAGACUACUUCCUAUUAUACAGCGAUAUGUUAGACCUGCAAGUACAAUUUUGAGUGACUCUUGGCGUUCCUACUGCAGACUGAGGCAACAUGGGUAUAUACACUACCAAGUCAAUCACCAGAGGUUUUUUGUUCACCCUGCUACAGGAGCACAUACCCAGCAUAUAGAAAGGUCCUGGAGAACCUUUAAGCAAGAGGUGUACCGUUUCAGAGGCAACAUGACUGAGAAGUCACUGAGAGAGAUCCUACAUUUUAUUGAGUGGAACUACUGGCUGGGUAGACAACACAGAAAUGGACCCCUUGGUCGCCUUUUCAAGGAUAUAAGAGCCAUACAUCCAGUACAAUAACAUCACCCCUGUGGCUGGAGCCUUUUUGCAUGGAGUUUGUAUGUUAUCUCCAGAUCUGUGUGGGCUCUCUCUGGCUACUCUGGCUUCCUCCCACAGUCAUGCAUGGGGUUAGAUAAAUUGGUGAUUCUAAAUUAGCUCUAGGUCUGACUGUGUAAAUUGACCCUAGUUGUAAAUGUGAAUAGUUCGUCUCGGCAUUAGCCCGAUGACAGACUGGUGACCUGUCCAAUGUGUAGCCCAUCUCCCGCAAAUGACAGCUGAGACAGGGUCCAGCUCCCCUGGAAAAAAUGCAUAGAUGGAUGGCAUUUUGUUUUUGUGUAUUGGACAUUUAAAAUAUGUAUUCCAUUGUCAUCCAGAUAUAAAAUGUGCUGUGACAGAGGAUCUUCUACACUCCUAUGCAAUUUCAAAAACUAUUUUAAAUAGACCUCUUAGCUAUGCUUAAUAUUGUGAUCCUCAAACAAAUACAAUGCAGUUAUUUUCCAGCGAGCUUUUAAUGAGUGUUUUAUGCAUGUUUAUUUUUUUAAAUCUAAUACUUAAUGUUUUUCAAACAGGUAGUUUAGCAUUUUCCAUGUGUUUCCAGUUCAUCAUCAGAACUCUUGACUUUUGUUUUAUUCAGUGAUUAACUUGGCAAUA